AUGGCUGACUGCGUGUAUUCACUAGGAAUUCUGGGUUCCAUUUUCCAUCCCAAAGCUAUCGAGUCUACUUUCCACAUUUGUACUGGCCUGCUGUGUUCCUUCCAAGAUAAGCUAACCACUGCGUCCCACCGGAAAAUGAGUGGAGAAAAGAAAGAUGUGCUAAUGACAGACGUGAACGAACUCACUCAGUCUGCGUCUGUAAUGAAUAUCGACGAUGACGGCACCACUGCCUCGCCAUCUUCUUAUGGGGACACUUCGAAACCCGAAAGAAGAAAAUCAACGUUGAUAUUUACAGACGAUGUUGAGUCUCCAGUCAAGAUGGAUAGUGGAGAUAACGAGAAUGAAUAUGGCUUGACAAAUGCUACGAACGAGAACGUUUUUACUGAUUCUUCUGUCAGUCCCCAGGAUUCUGAAGAUGCAAACCGCCAGCAGCAGCAGUUACAGCCACAAGAAGGGAAAACCUCCAGUCAGCAUCAUCAUCACCACCAUCACCACCACCAUCAUAGUAAUCAAGAUACUUCCAGCUCAAUUUCUCCAGAAGACCCCCAACUUGUUGCUAUAGAAUUGAGGUGGUCUCAAGGUGGGCAGAAAGUAUUUGUCACUGGUUCCUUCACAGGCUGGAGAAAGAUGAUCGCUUUACACGGACCGGCCAAAGAUGGCUCUUUUUCUUUAAAACUCAAGCUGCCAUUUGGUACUCAUAGAUUCAGAUUUAUCGUAGACAAUGAGUUGCGGUUCAGUGACUUCCUCCCAACUGCUACCGACCAAGCUGGUAACUUUGUCAACUACUUAGAAAUUACACCCGACCAAUUCUCUGAAAAGAAUCGGUCUCAAAAAUCACUCCGUACUCUAGACUCCAAACUAGGUUUAACCCAGGAUGAUGACGACAUGGGAAACGGUUAUACCAGAUAUCACGACGAGCAAGAACAGCCACAAACUGCCAAGAAAGAAUACAUCACAGGUAUACCUGCUAUUUUUACAGAUCCUAAGGUAAUGGAACAAUACUAUUUAACUCUAGACAAUCAACAGGGUAACCACAACCAACAACAAUGGUUGAUUCCUCCACAACUACCCCCACAUUUAGAGAAUGUCAUACUGAAUAACUUCUCCAACGAUAAGGAGAACAACUCUGGAUCCCUUCCCAUUCCCAACCACGUGGUUUUGAACCAUCUUGCGACCACGAGUAUCAAACAUAAUACUUUGGCGGUGGCUUCAGUGGUUAGGUAUCAGAGGAAGUAUGCCACCCAGAUUCUCUACGCUCCUCUUCAGUAG